UUCCUCUUUCUUUUUUAUUCUUUUAGAAUUAAAUGUUAUAUAAAUUAAUAUACGAAAAAGAUUAUUAGAUCCAGCCAGUUUUUCGAAUAUAUGGGUGUAUACAAUAAUAAAUAAAUAAAUAAAAUGUUCUCUUUUGUCUCGUUUCUGAUAAAACAUUCGUGAAUUUCACAUUGGACAUUAAUGUGUGCUAAAUAAAAUAAUAUGAAGAGAUAAGGCUACGGUGACUAUAUGUCCCUUAUGUCAAGUAGCUAUCCUGCAGAUUUAAAUAUUUUUUAAAACUUAAAUUUACCCUUUAUUUUAAAGAUAGUAUUGCAAAUUCUUUUCUGAAAAUUAGCGUUCCAGUAUCUAAUGAGUAAAUUUUUAUGAAAACAAAUUUAAUUUCGUGCAAUAUAAUUUGUAUCUUUCGUCAAUUGUUUUAAAUUAAAAAAUUAUUCAAAUUAAAUCUGUGUAUGUUUCAUUUUUUAUUAUUUUAGACCGAUUUCAUAUUUAAACCAAGAGUUGGUUUUUUUUAAAUACAGACGAACCAAUACAGUUUCAAAUUAUUAGAGAAUGAUGCGGUGUAUAUAAUUCUGAUAUAUUGCGAAAAAUUUUUAGAUCAAAACAUCGAGCCUCGCCAUGUGUGUCUCUAAUCUCUUUUCGGAAGCAGAGCUCAUGUUUUUAUGUGACAUUUGGCACACGCCAAGCACGAGCCGAAGCGCUAGAAUUUUUUUCUUUUUCACGAAUUUUCUCUUCCGAUUCCCAAUCGACUACUUGCCCCCUCUCACGGUUCACCAGGCAACUCAGUACCAUCGCGAACGACGCGUACACGCAAGCGGAAGGUUACGUCGUUUACGCUUCGCGAUCGUGCAUUUUUCCACUCGGAGUCGUCUUCUUAGUGCCGCGGGGUAAGAUCUCGUCGCGUCCCUCGCGUCCUCUCGUCCUCUCGUCGGUCGAGAGCGAAUUUCCCCGUGGAAGGCAUCGCCCGAAUGCCGAAUCGAGUCGAUGACAUUAAUCGGCGCGAAAAUCGCCUGAGUUUUUCGUCGCGUCGUGUCGCGGUCGCUGUCUCCGCUCGAUCUCGUCGCGUCCCCGCGUCCUCUCGUCGGUCGAGCGCGAGUAUCCCCGCGGAAGGCAUCGCCGGGGAUGUCGAACCGAGUCGACGACGUUAAUCAGAGGGGCAAAGUGGUCGCGUCCCUCGCGCUCCUUUCCCCUCCCCCCCUCCUACCGUCUGUGGGAAAUGGCGCGAAAUCGCUUGAGUUUUUCGUCAAGUUGUGUCGUGAAGUGACGCAGUUCAUGUACAACGGUCGCCGUCUCCGCUCGAUCUCGUCGCGUCCCCGCGUCCUCUCGUCGGUCGAGAGCGAGUUUCCCCCGCGGAAGGCAUCGCCGGGGAUGCCGAACCGAGCCGACGCCGUUAAUCGUGUCGAGCGCGUGUGUGUGAUGCAACGAGGAAAACAUCAUCGAUUUAUCGGCUGCAGCACCAACGAGGAUUUACCACCUUCAUUGACGAAUCAUGAUAUGGGAUGACAAACAAUUUGUCAACAUUUGACAAACAUUUGUCAAAUCAUCAUCGAUUUAUCGGCUGGUGAGUAAAUUUAUUUAUUAUAUUCGUGGAAUUAAUCGGCAUUUUCAUUUUCUUAAAUUAAAAAAAUUUUUUUUUAAUAUUUUGAUACUUUACAUUUUUGAUAUUUUAAAGGGGAUGGUGGAAUGAUGGUCAAACUUGAUCAAGGUCGAUAAUAUAGAAUCAUUAGUGCACAGUUUUAACAAAAUUUCGUACGUAUUUCUUUUAUAGAUUUGAAAAACAUGAUUAACUCUGAUCAAUUUUGACCAUGAGUCUAUCAUUUCCAGUAUAUUUAUUAAAGAAUUGUAUAAUAUCUAAUAUAAUAUUUUUAUUAGCAGCACCAACGAGGAUUUACCACCUUCAUUGACGAAUCAUGAAAUGGGAUGACAAACAAUUUGUCAACAUUUAACAAACAUUUGACAAACAAUUUGACAACAAUUUAGGACACAUACGAGAGGUGAUGCUGCUACCACUUUUAAAUUACUUCUUGGUAAGUGAUGCUUGCUUCCGUAAUGCAGAAUUUGUCUUAUUAAUAAAUUUCUCUCGUUUAUAAAGUUCCAUGCUCAAAAAAAGCUCAUUUUGCAACAGGCUGAGUGCUAUCGGACUGUAUGAAUUUGAAAAUAUAAUUAAUUUGAAUAAAUGAUAUAACUAUUGUUAUCAAUUACUUGAAAUAAUUUUUGUAAAUUGCAUUACACGAUUUAACUGAUUGUUAUUAUAGAUAUCGAUAUUAGUUAUAAUAUUUCCAUUGUGAAAGUACUUAUAUUAUUUGCAAAUUUUACCACUACGUAAACCAAUUGCUCUCCAUCAGCUUUUCUAUAAUAAAAAGCACAUAUUUUGAAAGUAUUGAAAAUUUAUCUGGGAAAAUUAUGCGCGUCCAGGGUUUUAAAUAUUUUAAUUAUUUGUUUCCUUUACCGUACUUUUUCCAAUGGCACGAUUACUUAUUGAGUGGCUUUUAUAAUAUUUAUUGUGUGUAAUUAAUGUAUUUUCGUAUAUGUCCGGGGUUUUUGGCUUGUAAGUUUUAGUUAAAAAAAUUUUAAUAUGGCAACUCUACGCGCAUAUAACAAUCUGAGCUUAUCAAAGAUUGUCGCAAGAAAAAUGUCGAAAUAUCGGAUGUUGUCUUCAUUGGGUAGCAGCUUAUUUAAGUGAUUACGCUGUCGACCUGCCGUGAGAACCCAUAGCAGCGGCGGUCGAAGUUUAUUAGCAAAGCCGAAAGUUUCGCUUCGGUGAGGAGGAAAAACGGUU